AUGAUGGGCACUGAGAAGAAUCAGAGUACUGCCAUUGUGUUCAUCCUCUUAGGAUUUUCUGAUUAUCCAGAACUCAAGGUGCCCCUCUUUCUACUAUUCCUCACCAUGUAUGCAGUUGCUGUGCUGGGGAAUCUGGGCAUGAUUGUGAUCAUCAAGAUCAACCCCAAACUCCACACACCCAUGUACUUUUUCCUCAAGCACUUGUCCUUUGUGGAUUUCUGUUACUCCACUAUAGCUACACCAAAACUACUAGAAAAUUUAAUUGUAAAUGACAGAAGUGUCUCCAUCAAGGCCUGCUUGACACAGUUUUCCAGUGGUGCUACCUGUGUGCUAACAGAGAUGGCUAUGUUGGCUGUGAUGGCCUAUGACCGCUUUGUUGCCAUAUGUUAUCCUUUGAUCUAUACUAUUACUAUAUCCCCAAAACGCUGUGCCCUAUUAGUGACUGUGGCAUAUGCAUGGGGCAUAAUUUCUUCGAUUGUACUUACCUACUCACUUGUUAUAUUGUCAUUUUGUGAGACCAAAAUCAUAGAUAACUUUGUAUGUGAAUAUGCUCUCUUCCUCUCUGCUUCCUGCUCUGAUACACAUUUCAGUGAAAUAAUGCUUUCUAUCUUUACAAAUCUCAGUGAAUUUUGCACCCUCAUCAUUAUCCUUACAUCAUAUGUAUUUAUUUUUGUAACUAUCCUAAAAAUGCAUUCAGCCAGUGGGAGGUACAAAGCGUUCUCUACUUGUGCCUCCCAUUUGACAGCUGUCACCCUCUUUUAUGGGACCAUCUUCUUACUCUAUUGUAUUCCCAGUUUCCAAUCUUCAAAACUUGUAAUGAAAAUGGGAUCUGUUUUUUAUACUGUGGUGAUUCCUAUGUUAAAUCCCUUAAUAUACAGUCUAAGGAACAAGGAUGUGAAGGAAACCUUUAGGAAAUUAAUGCAUCUAAACACCAUUUCUCAAUAA